GCGGGGAGACGGCGGAGAAGAUGAUUGAGGAGAGCGGAAAGAGGAGGAGAACGAUGGCAGAGAAGAGGCAGCUGUUUAUGGAAAUGAGGGCUCAGAACUUCGACGUCAUCAGAUUGUCAACGUAUCGGACUGCCUGCAAACUGAGAUUUGUGCAAAAAAGAUGUAAUCUUCACCUUGUGGAUAUCUGGAAUAUGAUUGAAGCCUUCCGAGAUAAUGGCCUUAACACAUUGGAUCACAACACGGAGAUCAAUGUGUCUCGAUUAGAAACCAUCAUUUCAUCCAUCUACUACCAGCUGAACAAACGCCUUCCUUCUACUCACCAGAUCAGCGUGGAGCAAUCCAUCAGCCUUCUCCUCAACUUCAUGAUAGCAGCAUAUGACAGCGAGGGCCACGGAAAGUUGACAGUGUUUUCCAUAAAAGCCAUGUUGGCAACCAUGUGCGGUGGGAAGAUUCUGGACAAGUUGAGAUAUAUCUUCUCUCAAAUGUCGGAUUCCAACGGCCUGAUGAUAUUUUCAAAGUUUGACCAGUUUCUGAGAGAGGUUCUGAAACUUCCCACAGCGGUGUUUGAAGGGCCUUCCUUUGGGUACACGGAAAACUCUGUGCGGACGUGUUUCUCCCAGCAGAAAAAGGUCAUGCUAAACAUGUUUUUAGACACGUUAAUGGCUGACCCACCGCCCCAGUGCCUUGUGUGGCUACCUCUCCUGCACAGACUUGCCCACGUUGAAAAUGUCUUCCAUCCUGUGGAGUGUUCUUACUGCCGCUGUGAGAGCAUGAUGGGCUUCCGCUAUCGGUGUCAGCAGUGCCACAACUACCAGCUUUGUCAAAACUGCUUUUGGCGCGGUCACGCCAGCGGCCCUCACAGCAACCAGCAUCAGAUGAAGGAGCACUCCUCUUGGAAAUCGCCUGCCAAGAAGCUGAGCCAUGCCAUUAGCAAAUCUCUUGGUUGUGUACCCAGUCGAGAGCCUCCUCACCCCGUGUACCCAGAGCAGCCAGAGAAGCCCCUGGACCUGGCCCACACAGGCCCUUCCCAGCCCCUCGCGAACAUGAAUGAUGCCAUGGUGACCCACAUGUCCUCCGGAGCCCCGACUCCAACGAAAAGGUUGCACUACAGCCCGGCCCCCUCCGACCGGCUUAGGGAUGAGCAUGCCCUGAUCGCAGCCUAUGUGAGCCAGCUCCAGAGUGGCGCACGCAGCGUCCUGGACAGCCCCAGCAGGCUGGACGAGGAGCACCGACUCAUCGCCCGCUACGCUGCCAGGCUAGCUGCCGAAGCUGGAAACGUGCCACGCCCACCAACAGACCUGGGGUUCAACUUCGAUGCCAACAAGCAGCAGCGGCAGCUGAUAGCAGAGCUGGAGAACAAGAACAGAGAGAUUCUGCAAGAAAUUCAGCGGCUGCGGCUGGAGCACGAACAGGCCUCUCAGCCGACACCAGAGAAAGCCCAGCAGAAUCCGACGUUGCUGGCGGAACUGAGGCUAUUGCGGCAAAGGAAGGAUGAGCUGGAGCAGCGAAUGUCUGCCCUUCAGGAGAGCCGGCGGGAACUGAUGGUGCAACUGGAAGGGCUUAUGAAGCUGCUCAAGGAAGAGGAGCAAAAGCAGGCAGCUCAGGCCGCAGGGUCUCCUCCGACCUCCCCCGGCCACGGGACGGGGCGCUCCAUGCCCAUGCCAGUCCGGUCCACCUCCGCCGGCUCCACCCCAACUCACGUGCCCCAAGAUUCCCUGGCGGGCGUCGGAGGAGACGUCCAGGAAGCGUUUGCACAAGGGACCCGGCGAAACCUCCGUAAUGAUUUGCUGGUAGCGGCCGAUUCGAUCACGAACACAAUGUCAUCGUUGGUGAAGGAGCUUCAUUCGGGUGAGGAAGGAGGUGAGGAAGAGGAGGAAGACAGGAUCCAGAACGGGAAGGACCGAGGUUAAGCGGAAGACUCCGCCCUGGCCAGCCAUUCAGGUAAAGAGGCACGAGCUCCUCUUCUCAAGACGUUUCCACACCCUUCCGACGAGGCAUGCUCCAGCCGACACACCUGCCAUUGUCAAGUCGCGAGGACUGCAGCUCGCAGGGAAGCCGCCUCCGCUGCCGACUCUUUCCGACGGACCGCGUGGCGGCCUUCCUGGGGGGUGGGGAGGGCGGGGGCAUCUCCUUUGGUUUGCAUGUCCUGUUUCCAUCCGUGUGUCCCCCCCCUGCUUAAUUGGGCAGCACCUCAUCUCAAGUUUGGGCGAGAAGACGUUGCUGAGAACCUCUUCCA